CUGUGGCGGGGCUUGAAGGUCUUCAGGGCUUGAGUGUUACUCAUUCAGACGUGUUUUACCGACUCAACAAUCAAAAACAGACCUUCAUCUUGUCAUCAUGGCAGCACCAUUUCCAAAUGUCUAUCAUCUACGAACAGUGGCCGAGACAUCAUCGAAACCGUGCUUUGUGUGCUACAAGCCAACGUGCAAAGUGUUGAUCACUCCCAACAACAAGGAUUUCUUCUACACGUGUGUUGGACAUUUAAAUGAUGCGGGAUUCGCCUCUCCCGUCGUUGAUGCCGAGGCCGAAGCAGCCAAAAAGAAGAAAGAGUUGAUGGACAAGGAAAUCGAAAAGGUCAAGCAAGAAUACGAAGAAAGGCAACGAUUGAAGAAAUCCAAGAAAAAAUCAAAGGACGACGACAAGGACAAAAAGAAAAAGGACGAUGAGGACCAGGACAACUCCAAAGCUGAGAAGGAACGAGAUGAAAAGAUCAAAGCCAUCCAGUCCGGUGGGGAGUCCAAGGACCAAGGUGAUGACAUUGCUCGGAUCUACGCUUUGCAUAGGUCGGUGACAUUGUGUUUUACGCGCCCAACUCUUGAUCGUUGCAAGUGCUGACAGUCGCAGAAACUUCUAUCAGAUUAGGCUUGACAAGCUGCGGAACCUUGAAGUAGCCAAACGGAACCAACAGCGACUGAACACCCCAGGAUUUUUCCCCUCCACACCAAAAGGCGACUUGGCAUAAAAGCAACGCCCAGCGCGAUGUCAUAUGCGGUGGUGUUCUGGCUCGACUGAAAGCUCUUUUGCUACUUUUGGUUGCCGUCAGCACAAGGCCGGCCAAGGCCGGCCAUAUUCGCAACCACCUGCCCUUGACACUCUAGUUGUAACAUCGUUCCGACCGGUACAGGGUCCAAUACCUGAGCACAUGUUGCUGUCUUUGUUCAGAGCACUUGCAUGCAGCGCAAGGAUGCGGAGGUCAUGCGAGUAGGAUAACCAAACACGAGCAUACCCGAAGGGUAUCUUACGCCAGCAAGGAUGACUUGGCGGGAUGGUCAGCACUAACGUCGGAACGAAACGCCUCCACGUUCCGUUCAAAUUGCAUCUUGACACGCGAGAGAGAGAGGGCUCUGUGUGGUUUCCCGACGGAAUUGUGCUAUCACAGACAGGGCCAUAGGGCUGUCAUUGGACCAUCGCAUGGAACAAGAAUGACGAUCGAUGUACCAUCAUCAUGCAUCCUGUCAAUCCCAAGCCACCUUGUCGCGAUCCAGUCAGAAAUCUCGAGUUUCAUCAUCGCGCAGAGCCGAAAUCAAGUGGAGGUAGCGACGUUGGUCAUGGCGAUCAGAAGCCGUUUCAUCCUACCCAUAGGACCAAUUGACGCACGACUUGGGACCCCGAAAGCUUGCAUGUGGGCAUCCAAGCCGUGAUGUAUGGAUGGUGACUGGAUGGACUUGCCGUUCAUGAAUUGGAGAGCCCGAGAUGUCACUGUGGAAUCAUCGGUCCGUCCGAGGUCUCCUGGUAGUAUAGUAAGUGGUCAGGAUCGGACGGCGAUAACCACAGAACAGGCUAGAUCAGUAUCCGUUCCUGGUCAAUGCAGCAUGCAAAUAUCGAGGAGAGGAGGUCUUGCAGCGCCAACGCAGUAACGAUGACCGGGUUCUUGCAUGAUUCGCUGUGAGGGAGGUGUGAAUACUCAUCAAGUCAAUAUCCUCAGGUCAUAAGGUGAGAACGGCGACAAUGGUGUUGCGGAGUAAAGUUCACCCGGCUGACCUGGAUCGCGUACCCAAAGUUCCUUCUCGUGAGAAGUUAGAGAUUUGGCGGCGUAUAUGGUUCCCCUCAAGGAAGGAACACCUCGCAACGACCGUUUUCCUAAGUCGGAUAGCCCUAUUGGGCCAAUCACAGAGGCUGUAUGUCGCCCUGCCUGAUUUGGGAGGCGUUAGCAAGUCGACAUGGGGGGAUCAGCAGGGCUAUUUGGUAUCGAAUCCUGGCAGGGCACACAACAACCAGAGCAUCAUCACGAUGGGCAGGUUGGCUCGUGAAACGAGUCCCCUCUCGCCCGGGGUUCCAUCAACAUCGGGCAAAUCUUGUCUCCUCCACAGCGAUGACAUGGUACUGUGGUAGACCGUGGGGGUUCCCUCAUCCGAAAGGUUGCAAUGUAGGUAUGGGCCGGCCGUUUCUUGUCAGUGGAGGGCGAUAAUAUACAUAUCAUCUGAUACUAUCGGUGAAUUGACCAGAUUUGGC